AAAAUCAGCCAGAGAGACUUGGAGCGUCCACACAAAGGAGGAAGAACCACUAAUCAACAUCUACAUCAUCUUUGUUAUCGCCCAGAGGGUAGGUCGGCACAGUUUCCCAUGCAGAAACUCAAAUUGAUGGUCGAAAUAACUUUUACUAUAAUCUUUAACGUUGAUAAUUUAUCACAUUCAUUUGAUCUUUUUAAUUUACAUUUUCCAGCCAUACAGUGCAGAGCUGUCUGUAGAUUACUAAUUUCAAAAAACUGUGUAUUCAACACGUGGUUCGUUAAUUCCAGACCCAGAAUGGUUAAGCCUGUUAUAGGUUUUUGAAUAUUUACUUUUGAAAAAAAAAUGGCUUUCACCAGUGAAUAGAAUCAGUUAAAAUAAGGCCAUUGUCUGGGUCAUCACUGCUGAUCACAGAGACUAACCCCAACCCUUCAUUUCUUCUUAACAAAUUAAUUUUAAAGCAACUUAACCUUUGAGGUUAUAAUCUGUCAGAGGUGCCAUAUGACAAAUUUUAUUCUUAAUUAUAUGUUUACUGCAGAAAAUAACGAGCAUUUUAUUUAUCUAAUAAUAAACAAUCACCUGUUUGGAAUAUCUUAAAACUGUUUUAAGUCAAUGGAGAGACGAAGCUACACUCCGUGGGAUAAAUGUUGCAUUCGAGUUACCUUGGAAGUCAGAAGUCUGAGCUGAAAAUGACAUCACACCCGAGUUACCAGCGUUUCAGUUACCAAGUUGGAAAAAAGCAAAAAAGCGGAAACAAGAUGGCUUUAUCUACGGAAGUUAUUUUAGAGCUUGCCUUGUCCAAACAUAAGGCAAGCGCUAAAAUAACUUCUGUAGAUGUAGCCAUCUUGUUUCAGGCCUCUGAUUUUGCUUUUUUCCGACUUGGUAACUGAAACACUGGGAACUCGUGUGUGACGUCAUUUUCAGCUCAAACCUCUGACUUCCAAGGUAACUCGAAUGCAGUAAAAGUCCAGAAACUCUGAGACCUGAGAGAAUAAAUAAAAAACUUUAUCAUUUUCCAUGAGAAUAACUGUCUUCUUCUCCUCUUUCUCCUCAGCCCUACAAUGUUCUCUUCCCUCCUUCUCCUCCCUCUCUUCCUCCCUCACUCUCUGGGCUGUCAGACCAGCUCCUUCACCGAGUGUCAAAACGCCCCCUUCGUCCCCGGUCACAGCCUCGCGGGUGAGGGUUUUGACGUAGUGAAGAUGGUGACUACCGGAGCUAGUGUGGUUGAUGUGAAGAACUUCAUGGUGGGGGGAGUUCAGGGGAACUGCACCGUGUGCCACAACCACCUCCUGAACCAGGUCAGAUCACUGAGGCAAAAAGGAGAGCAAAAAAGAAAAAACCAAAAGACCACACUGACAUUUCACAAGUGAAAGUCAAAAGUCUGUCCAGGAGCUUUGUUGGUCAAUACAACUGUCAAUCAGAGCACCAAAAACUAAUUCAAACCAAAUCUGUCAGAAAAAGAAACAUUGUGGCAUUAAUAAGCUUAAAUAAAAAAUCACUGAAAUGACAGAAACCAUGUCAAAGGAACAUUUAAUAGACCUGGAUUUGUAUUUUAGAGUUUGACUCAUGUCCUGUUUGUUUACAUGGAGAAGGCAGGGCUUAGGAUCUAUACUGCAGACAGUCAUAAGGGGGAACUAUGCAUGUUUACUAUGUUCUUAUGCAGUCUAUGCUGCAGUUUAAAAAUCCAACUUCAUGUAAAAAUGCUCCACAGAGCCAAGGUUUCUUUUUACCUCCGCCAAGGAGGUUAUGUUUUCGGUAGCGUUGGUUUGUUGGUUAGUUUGUUUGUUUGUCUGUGAACAACUUUACGGAGAAAGUUACAGACAGAUUGACCUGAAAUUUUCACCAGAGGUGCAUCUCAGCCCCAGGAGGAUCCCAUUACAUUAUGGUGGUGAUCCGGAUCGCCUUCUGGAUCCAGGAAUUUUUUGAAGGAUUCUUUAUCAUUUCGAGAUAGGGCACAUUUUGGAAUUUUUGCAUUUAACUCUAUAAAAAUGGCCAGAGUCUUUAGUAAGAAAUUACACAAAAGGAUCUCAAUGAGUUUUAUGAGGUGUCAAAGGUUGAUCCUGAUCCAGACAAAAUUCCAGAAACUGUGAUCCAGAACACACAAAAAUAAGGGUGUCGUUGGAACUUUCAAUGCUGAAAGAUAACCAAUGGGUGGCACAGUGGUGUAGAUAGGCGGCACAGUGGUGUAGUGGUUAGCACUGUCACCUCACAGCAAGAAGGUCCUGGGUUUGAAUCCUGGUCAGGGCAUUUCUUGUUUUAGGAACAUUAUGAACAGUGAACAUACCAGUUUAAACACAAAUAAAAGUUAAUAAAAAAGACACGUAACAGUAAAAGUUUUGGUGUGAAUCAAUAUAAGGGGGGACAUGAGCUGCUUGGUAGAGGUCUGCGCUCUCCGAGUGCUUUUCCAGUCUUUCUGAUAUAAUGGAAAUUCACUGGUUCAUUCCACACCUGAUUGUUACCUGUUUCCUGUUUUUUGCUUUUAAAUCAAUCAGACCCAGAAACUCCCGGUGUCAGUCCUGGACUGGAGGAUCAAGGUGAGAGAAAUUAAGGCUUUCUUAGACUUUGAAUCAUUGAGCGGUGCUUUUUGAGUAAUAUUGUAGAUUUUUAUUUAGCGUUUUUACAUGUUUCAAGAUCUAAGUGCACAAAAAAUGUUGGAAUAACUCGAUUCCUUCAGCCUGCUGCACAGCGAUGGACUGCAUCAAGACUAAUUUAAGACAAGCAUUACCCAGCAUGCUCUCUUCUCUCAGGUGCACUGCCGGCGCAGUCUGAGCAGUAAGAUCUUCGAGUCGAGUCAGUCGUUCAUGAAAGAGACAAGUAAAUCUCUUGGCAGCAGUUGGAAGGUACAGAGUUGUUAAUGAGCUGCAGCAUUUCCAGAUUAAAAUAGUCUCACUUUUUAAUCUCCUUGUGAAACAUCAUGUGUGAGGUUCUUCUUUGUACCGGUGGGGUCUCUCGCAGGUGGGUCUUGGUAUUCCUGGAAUCGGAGGGUUUGCAGUCGGGGGGUCUCACUCCGUCUCCUCAAAAUUUACAGAGAGUCGCAGUAGGAAAGACAAAUUCUCCUUCACCACCCAUGACUUCAAGUGCAAAUACUACACGUGAGUUACACAGUGAGCUGUUUAUCGAUGUCACCUGAGUCAGUGAUAGUAGGAGCUGAGGAUUGCUAGUUUAUAAAUGGACUAACCUGCUCAGACCUCUUAAGCAAAAGUGUUUCUUCAUCUUGACUUGGAUCCUGAGUUUUUCUAUGUUGUUCUUAAUAUCGUAUAGCUUCCGUCUUCACUCCCGUCCUCCUCUGAGUAAAGAGUUUGAAGAGUCCCUGAAGAACCUCCCCUCCACACACCACCACCAGAACACCUCAGCCUUCAAACAGUUCAUCUCCAUCUAUGGGACCCACUUCAUCCGCAGGGUCCAGCUGGGAGGUCGAGUGAACUCCAUCACCGCCAUUCGGACCUGCGAGGCUGCCAUGAGCAAGCUGUCCACCCGCACCAUCAGUAACUGCCUGGGUGUGGAGGCCAGGGCUGUCAUAAAGGGCAUCUCGAUCAGUGCAGAGUCAAAGUUCUGUCACAACAAAGGUAAGAGGCUGAAAAAUGCAGCCACCUUCAGCCAGUCCUUCUCAGACCGGACCGUUGAAGUUCUAGGCGGAGACGGGGACGUAGGGGAUAUCCUGUUCAGUCCAAACGGUGCAGCCGGGUACAAGAAGUGGCUCAGCUCCUUGAGGAGAGUCCCAGGUGUGGUUUCCUAUCAGAUCAGCCCUCUACAUCUGCUGGUGAGGAAAAUAAACUCUAUUUAAUGAUGUAUCUUCUUACACAAUAACUGACUGGAUCCAUCCAACAGGACUCAAAGUGGUUUGUGUGUCUUACUCAUGUCUCCUUCUGUCUAGAUCUUUGAUUGUGUUGGGGUUUUUUUGCUCCGAUGGAUGUCACUUUGUACAAAAGCAUCUGCUAAAUGAAAUUGUAACAGUUAGGGCCUGAGCACAAAUGGCACAAAGACUUUGUCCACCUAGACCUGGACUCUCAGGUCCAUAUUCUAAAACAAAAGGAAAGCCCACCUAUUGUGAAAUUUGGUUUAAUACAUUCUGAGGGUCCUUCUGGGAUCAUCUCCUCUGAGAGGGUUCAUGGAAUCCACUCCAAAUUUGGUAUAAAAUCAGAAGAGACCCGAAAGAAAAAUAGUUGAAACACUGGAGAAUGUAGUUUAGUUUGCACUUAAGUGAAUCUCUUACUUCCUGUCUGUAGGUAACAGAAAACUCUGUCCUCAAAGACAGCCUUCGCGGUGCCAUCAGUGACUACAUCCGAAAGAGCGCCAAGCCUCUCCGUUGCCCUGCUGGCUGCAAGAUUGGCAGACAGAACCGGAACUGUGCUUGUCACUGUAAGGGGCACCGAAUGGUCAAUGCUGAUUGCUGCCCUGCUGAACAUGGCAUAGCUCGGAUGAACGUGACGGUGGUCCGUGCCGCGGGCCUUUGGGGAGACUAUUUCUCCAAGACAGACGGAUACGUGAAGGUCUUCUAUGGUAGAGAAGGAGCGGUGACACCAGUCAUCUGGAACAAUGACUUCCCGACCUGGAACUACGUCAUUCGCUUCCAAACUGUCAACCUACGGCACAGGAGGUGAGUAAACCUUACCUCGUCUUAUGUAAUAUAAAAACAGAUCACAUGAUACCAGUCAGAUAGUGUCUUUAAAAAGUCAGGUAUCUGGAUCAGAGAAAGAGACGUUUGGUCAGUGGUGCAAGUUGGCCAUCAGUUUUACAAAGUCAUUGAGGUCUAGUGGAAAUCUCUGGACAAGGAUCAGACACCCCAAGAUGUUGACGUGAUUGUCCCUCCUUGUAUUGUGUCCAGGUCUUUAACCUUUGUACCAACAUGUGAGAUCUUUGUGGUGUACAUCAUCAUACAUUUGGAGUUUUCAAUCUUGAAAGAAAAAGAAACAAAUUUUCAGGAAAUGAACAUUUUUUCUGAUGACAUCCCUCCGAUCAUGCACUCUCUCCAUAGAUCGAUCCGCUUUGAGGUUUGGGAUCGGGACAAUCGCUGGAACGACGACCUGCUGGGCAGAGUGUACGUCGUCCCCACAUCAGGAAACAACUACAAGAAGUUAAAGCUCAAACACGGCUCCCUGUUUGUCCGUGUGUCUGCAGCGUGUGCUCCAAGUCUGCAGGGGUCACUGUGCAACCAGUAUGCUGCCUCUCCGACUUACGAGGAAGUGAUGGGGCAUACGAAGGAGGAGCAGGGGCAUCACUGGGAGUCUGAGAGGUCACCACCUCAGGACCACCACAGCAACUUACUUUAAGAUUUUACCUUUGAACCACAGCCGCUGUUUCACGUCAGAGAUUUGCCACAGAUGUUUUGGAGGUUAAACAAGCUGUUUAUUUUCUGUUCAUUUUCUGAUUCUUAUUUCCUUUCUAUUUUAUAUUGUAAAUUGCGAUUACUAUAAUAAAACAGCUUUACAGGGUGGAA